AUGGGUGUUUCAAGUUUGAGUUUAAGAUUCUAUUGUUUUUCAGUUCUGAAAGAAUGCGUUGAAGAAGGAUGUUUGAAUGUUGAGGACCGCAAAAUUUUCCAACUUCGAUCAAAUGAUUGUUAUCCUGAUUUGAAUGAGGAACUUAUCAAACAGAGAACCGUAGAACCCAAAAGAUUGGAUAAUGUAGACUUCAAGAGUGUUCUCUGUUUCAUUUAUACGAGUGGAACAACAGGAUUACCAAAGGCUGCAGUCAUGAAGCAUUUCAGAUUUUAUUCUAUGGCAGUUGGAGCUGCUAAGUCUUUCCGCAUAUACCCUUCUGAUCGUAUCUAUGUGUCUAUGCCAAUUUAUCACACGGCAGCUGGAAUUUUAGGAGUUGGACAAGCUAUCGUCUGUGGUUCUUGUUGUGUUAUUCGAAAGAAAUUCUCAGCCAGUAACUUCUGGAAAGACUGUGUGAAAUAUGAUUGCACAGCUUCGCAAUAUAUUGGUGAAAUAUGUCGUUACCUGUUAGCUCAGCCUGUAGCUCCUGAAGAAGCUACUCACAAAAUGCGUCUUUUGUAUGGUAAUGGCUUGAGAACAGAGAUUUGGCAACCUUUUGUUGAUCGGUUCCGUGUUCGCAUUGGUGAAGUGUAUGGAUCAACGGAAGGAACAUCUAAUUUAGUGAACAUUGAUGGGCAUGUUGGAGCUUGUGGGUUCCUGCCAAUUAGUCCACUUACAAAGAAAAUGCAUCCCGUACGAUUGAUCAAAGUGGACGACGUUACGGGUGAAAUUCUUCGCUCGCCUUCUGGCUUAUGCAUAUCUUGUAAUCCUGGAGAAACUGGAGCUAUGGUUUCUACAAUUCGUAAGAACAACCCCCUUCUACAGUUCGAGGGAUACUUAAACAAAACGGAAACUAACAAAAAGAUAAUUCGUGAUGUGUUCAGUCAUGGCGAUAGCUGUUUUGUCUCCGGAGAUUUAUUGCACUGGGAUCGUCUUGGAUAUGUUUAUUUCAAAGAUCGCACCGGUGACACGUUCCGCUGGAAAGGAGAGAACGUUAGUACUAUUGAAGUGGAAGCCAUUUUACAUCCUAUUGAUGGCGUUGCUGACGCAACUGUUUACGGAGUUCAAAUAGCAGGACAUGAAGGAAGAGCUGGUAUGGCAGCUGUAGUUCGUUCCGCUAAAGAUGAUAGUGACGAUAAGUUCUUAGAGGAGUUGGGAAAAACUUUGUCAGCUUCAUUGGCGUCAUAUGCAGUUCCUCAAUUCGUGCGCUUAUGUCCUGAUGUAGAUAGAACUGGAACAUUUAAAUUAGUGAAAACUCACUUCCAACGGCAAGGAAUCUUACUAAACGUGCCAAAGAACAAAGUGUAUAUAUACGAUGCGAAGGAGAAAAUAUAUGUGCCUUUCACUGAGAACUUAUACCGCAGCUUAAUAACAGGAAAAAUGUCUCUCUGA